AUGGCUCGUGUUACCCCCAUCCCCAGCACAGGACAGCGAGCCAUGUUUCACGGCUUGGGUUACCCCAACCCCCAGCACAGGACAGCGAGCCAUGUUUCACGGGUUACCCCCACCCCCAGCACAGGACAGCGAGCCAUGUUUCACUGCUUGGGUUACCCCCACCCCCAGCACAGGACAGCGAGCCAUGUUUCACAGCUCGGGUUACCCCCACCCCCAGCACAGGACAGCGAGCCAUGUUUCACGGCUUGGGUUACCCCCACCCCCAGCACAGGACAGCGAGCCAUGUUUCACGGCUUGGGUUACCCCCACCCCCAGCACAGGACAGCGAGCCAUGUUUCACGGCUCGGGUUACCCCCACCCCCAGCACAGGACAGCGAGCCAUGUUUCACGGCUUGGGUUACCCCCACCCCCAGCACAGGACAGCGAGCCAUGUUUCACGGGUUACCCCCACCCCCAGCACAGGACAGCGAGUCAUGUUCCAUGGCUCGGGUUACCCCCACCCCCAGCACUGGACAGCGAGCCAUGUUUCACGGGUUACCCCCACCCCCAGCACAGGACAGCGAGCCAUGUUUCACGGCUCGGGUUACCCCCACCCCCAGCACAGGACAGCGAGUCAUGUUCCACGGCUCGGGUUACCCCCACCCCCAGCACUGGACAGCGAGCCAUGUUUCACGGCUCGGGUUACCCCCACCCCGAGCACUGGACAGCGAGCCAUGUUACACGGCUCUCCACUUCCUUUUUCAAAUCCACACCUAA